AGUGUCGUCUGCUUUGCCAUGUCGCUUGUUGAUGGGAAACGUUGCUGCACGAAAAUGAGCACUGCGAAUACAAUUGGAAUCGCUCUACCCCACACUCCAUGCUCUUUAGCAGUUUUGAGGCUUGGAGCCAGCCAUCGUAUAAUCACAAGAUAUGCCAGUUCUGUUGCUGGUAUUAACCUGUCACAACCAGCAGCGUUCCAACAACAAUCUCUUGAAUCAACAGCAACCCGUUUCAUGUGAGGGAUCUGCCAAUGUCGGUCUGAAUUACAGAUCUCUUCUUCCCCAAUGUUAAGAUGUUCUCGUGUACUAGCUACACCCAUCCGAGUGUGGGUGCUGUAUUGACGUUUUGCAGACUACUAUCCCGUCUGAUGUAUUCAACUUUUCUGUGGUUGGAGCUUUCCUUGCUGUGGAUGCCUGGCCGUAUUUCCCAGGCAGAAAGAAAGUGGCUGGCCCAUGGUCAUGUGUUGCGUGGCCGUGCAAAUCAAGUUCAUCAGUCCAGGGCCCCCCCUCGUCCAAUCACGAAAUCGAAUUCGCCCAGUUGCUCAUUAAAUUGAUGAUUAUGUCAGUGGGUGGGUCGCUAUUUUUGUCGCCGUGUAGUCAACGACCUCAGCUGCACUUGCCUCUACAGCAGGACUAUUAUGCGGAUGUUAUCAGGAUUUUGGCUGGCCAGCAGCGGGAUGAUCAAGUACAUACGUGAAGGUUGAUUUGGUGGGAGGAGUGUGACUGCUGCUGCUGCUGGGCGAGACGAAUGCGCGAAUCAGAAAUGUCGACCUUGCCGCAACCUCUACUUGUACAGCAACACAGUCGUGCAUAAUAAUAAUUGCAUCGUUGGUGAAUGCAUUGAGAAAACGAUAGCAUCCGUUGCCAUUCGUUUUGUCAUGUCGCCAUUCUGCGUCAAAAGGACCGUCGCACAGCUGCCGCACAGUGUACUGCUUCCAUUUCACUUUCACGUUCUUUCAAAUCUAUUCCCCCAUCAUUUAGUCUAUAGAAAUGUUCAAUGUGAACCGUCGGGCGAUCGCUUGCGUCUUCAUGUUGGCCGUCAUGUGCAUGGAAUGGACGCUCUACUCAUCGGAUCAGAUCAUUCGACAAAACGACUUGCCAUUGUUCCCCAUUCAACAUCAUCAACUACAUCAGCAAUCCAUCAUCGACUACUGGACACCGCAGCAGCCCGAACUCUACCACCUGAUUGAGAAUUAUUCAAAGGAUCGACUGCCGCUGCUGGCCAAGGAUGACCCGCCAUUCAAAAGGAUCCUCUUCUGGAAUAAGCCAAAAGAGUUACCGGGUCGGACUCGGUCGGGACGCCUUGCGCCAAUGGGGCUGUCCCGUUUGGCAGUGCGAAACGUCCGACAACCGGUACGGCGUCCGGAAAUAUGACGCUGUCGUCUUUCAUCAACGGACCUGGACGGCAAAGGAUUUGCCAAUGCGUCGCUCGCCUCACCAGCGCUACGUUUUCUUCACUUUAGAAUCAUCGGCCUGGCGUGGAAAUAACGUCAGUCGUGUGCCCAAUUUCUUCAACUGGACCAUGACGUACCGAUGGGACUCGGACAUGAUUUACCCUUACGGCUACAUUGCGCCAACGGGAGACGUCCCCCUUCAUCCCACUCCAAAUCAAAUGGAAUUCUACCUGUCCAAACCCACAAGAGUCAAUUACGCCAAAGGAAAAACGAAAAUGGCCGCCUGGUUCGUCUCCAACUGCCACACAGUCGUGAGCGGUCGAAACGAAAUGGUCAAAAAGCUGCAAAAAUACAUGACAAUCGACGUGUACGGCAAAUGCGGGAAUUUCAAAUGUCGCAAGAAAUUAGGCGAGGACAAUUCGAGCGACGAGUGCCGGGACAUGGUGGCCAAAAAUUACAAAUUCUAUUUCGCCCUGGAGAAUUCCCUCUGCCGCCAUUACGUCACUGAAAAAUUUUUCGACAACAUGCGCCGCCCGAUUCUGCCCGUCGUUUUCGGCCUCCACGACGAUCACGAAAAACUGGCACCGCCGCAUUCCUUCAUCAACGCCGCCAAAUUCAAAUCAAUGAAAGCCCUGGCCGAUUAUUUGAUCCUCCUGGACAAGAACGACACGCUGUACAACGAGUACUUUUGGUGGAAGCCUCACUUUCAGGUGCGGGACAGCCAACGGGACAAGAACCUGGGCAUGUGCCACCUGUGCGCCGCCCUGCACGACCCGACUCGACCGCGCAAAAUAUACGCCGAUUUAACCGACUGGUGGGAAACCAAAUCCGAUUGCGUUUUCUCACCCGCCAUCUCGUGAUGGCUCCUUUUGAUGAUAAAUCAAUCCACCUGUUCAUGUAUAAAUAAGGAGAAAAACACGAAAUGUCAAAUAAUUUCAUGGCUGACUUUAUAGGUCUAUCGCUGAUGGCCUCCAUUUCAAGGGAAAUGGCAUUUGGCGUGUUGGACUUGUAAAUUAACUAUUGGGCAGUUAAAUAAUUACCAAUUCGGACGUAUAAAUUGAUGAAAGAAUUCCGGGUAUUUUUUAAUUUGAAGACCGCGACAGAUGGUUGAUGACAAUUAAAUCGCUUUCUACGUUAUAUGUAUAGCCCAGUGCACAAUAAAUGGGAGACAUGACUUUUGUAAGGUCCAUUCGACAUGGCAAGUGUGUUGCGUGUUUAUACGUGAUACAUUGUAUAGUUUCAGCAGUUUGUCCUCCGCAUAUUUAAGAGUUCAUCGGCUCGCUAAUAAAGGAAAACUUGUUCUCUU